AUGGCCAGCCACCAAUCCUCGCCGGAAAAUCUCAUACUCGUAAACCGCGAACCCAGCGGAAUCGCAUUUGUUACGAUCAACCGUCCCAAGUCGCUUAACUCGCUGACCCGGCCCAUGAUUAUAGACCUCGCCAAGGCCUUCAAGGCCCUCAGUCAAGACGAGUCGGUCCGGGUCAUCAUUCUUUCCGGGUCGGGUCGCGCCUUUUGCUCCGGAGUCGAUCUCACGGCCGCGGAGGACGUUUUCAAAGGGGACGUGAAGGACAUGGAGACCGACACGGUGGCGCAAAUGGAGCGGUGCCGAAAGCCCAUCAUCGGAGCCAUUAAUGGGUUCGCGGUCACUGCCGGGUUCGAAAUGGCGCUCGCUUGUGAUAUAAUCGUCGCCGCAAAAGGAGCUAAAUUCGUGGACACUCAUGCCAGGUUUGGGAUAUUUCCGACAUGGGGUUUGUCUCAGAAGCUUUCGAGGAUUAUAGGGGCCAACAAAGCGCGUGAAGUGUCGCUGACAGCGACGCCGUUAACGGCGGAGCUGGGUGAAAGGUUGGGGUUCGUGAACCAUGUUGUUGAAGAGGGUGAGUUGCUGAAGAAAGCUCGUGAAGUAGCUGAGGCCAUUGCGAAAAAUAACCAGGAGCUGGUGUUGAGGUACAAGGCUGUUAUUAAUGACGGGCUUAAACUGGACCUGGGCCAUGCUCUUGCACUAGAAAAGAAAAACUUGUAUGAAACGGGUAUAGCACUGGCUGUAACUGCUGCACUUUCCCGUUUCAUGCAAGUGUUUCUGCAGUGGCUGCUCUUCUUCUUCUUCAUGACAGAGUAUGUAUGUGAUUGUAAUUUUCAGGAGAGAGGUCAUGACUAUUACAGUGGAAUGACCAAAGAGCAGUUUAAGAAGAUGCAAGAGUUUAUAACAGGUCGGGGUUCGAAAAAGCCUUCUUCCAAGUUGUAG